CGAUCGGUGACGCAAGAAACGAGAGAAUAUUGCCAAUGAUUGAAAGGAACUGCUGAAGCAGCUGACGGGUAUCAUCAUGAGGCGCAUUCACUCGUAGACAGGAGAAGCUGGCUCGACAAGAAGANNCCGCGUUCGAGUCCGUUCACAAAAGCCGAUGUGCACAGACCCAGACGGUAGCCUGGCUGACUAUCGAAUGAGGGGGACCAUCUGUGUAAAGNGCGACCGGAUGUCAGCCAAAGACGGGUGAUCUGCUGUGAUGCCGACAAAGCUCAUGCACAUCAUCGGGAGGCGCAUCUGCUCGUCGGACAAGAGUAUGACUCUCGCCAUCGAACCUGCCGACAGGAAUCGACGACUCAAGCUCAAGCUGGAUGACGGUCAGACUCGGCAGGCAGCAAGAAAGAGACAAGGCAAGCGCCAUACCAGCCACCAAUCUCGCGAGCGUGUUUCUAUGCGUCCUGCGUUUUAGUCUGCGUGCUCUUGCUCAUCCGCUAGAUUGCACAAUGCAAGCUGUUGAACUCGCCAUCACUAUGGCUGCGCCACUGCGAGGUUGAAGCUCGCCGAGCA